CCCGCCCCACCGGCAACCUCGCCUGGAGCCCGACGCCUGCCCGUGGCUCCCGGGCCUGAGGGGGAGCCGGAGGACGCCAGCUGGGUCACGGCUCAGCCUCCUCCUCCUGCCUGCUGCGCCAGGGGUCGGCGUGGGCGUCGGAGUACCCGGGAUACAGUAUUUAAUGAAAAGUCUAUGUUUAAGGAAUAAGAAUGGCAGGCUUCCUAGAUAAUUUCCGAUGGCCAGAAUGUGAAUGCAUUGACUGGAGUGAGAGAAGAAAUGCUGUGGCUUCCGUGGUUGCAGGCAUAUUGUUUUUUACAGGCUGGUGGAUAAUGAUUGACGCAGCAGUGGUCUAUCCUAAGCCGGAACAGUUGAACCAUACUUUUCACACCUGUGGUGUGUUUUCCACAUUGGCCUUCUUCAUGAUAAAUGCGGUGUCCAACGCGCAGGUGAGAGGUGACAGCUAUGAAAGCGGCUGUCUAGGAAGAACAGGUGCUCGAGUUUGGCUCUUCAUUGGUUUCAUGCUGAUGUUCGGGUCACUUAUUGCUUCCAUGUGGAUUCUUUUUGGGGCAUAUGUUACCCAGAAUACCGAUGUUUAUCCAGGGCUAGCUGUGUUUUUUCAAAAUGCUCUUAUAUUUUUUAGCACUCUGAUCUACAAAUUUGGAAGAACCGAAGAGCUCUGGACCUGAGAUCACUUCUUUUUUUUUUUUUUUGGUACCGGGGAUCGAACUCAGGUCCUUGCGCUUACACAGCAGGUGGCGAAACCACUGAGCUAAAUCCCCGGCCUCCUGAGAUCACUUCUUAAAUCACAUUUUCCUUUUGUUAUAGUCUAUUUGUAGAUGAGGCCCCUCCCGCGCCCCCAUCGAACUCAGGACCUUGCACUUGUCAGGCAGGCGAGGCGCCACUGAGCUACAUCCCGGGCUUAGAUAAGCUUUUAUCUCUCGAUAUAAUUUACACAUUGCCAAAUGUAUAAAUAGAUUGUACAUUAAAUGUUUUUGUUUCUUUACAUUUUUAUGCCCUGAGUUCUGAAAUAGGUUUAUGAAAUGUCCUUUUUUCAUUGACUAGACUGUUAAUAUAUACGUAAUACAAGACUACGGAUUGGAUGAUGACUAUCAGUUUUUUAUUCAUAAGACACAAAGCUUGAUCUGUUCCCUGAGCCAGGGUUGUGUCACCGUGUCAUUUCAGAGCUAAAUACUGUCUCAGUGUCUCUAAUUCCUGAAGAUGUACAAAAAGGUAUCUCUGUAUACCUGGGAUAAGUGCUAAGCCACUUAAAAAGUUAUUUCUGCAAGUUGUAAUUUAUUUUGGCUUAAAAUGAGAUUUUUUAAAGGAAAAUGUUUGUUCUUCUGUAUUAAAGAAAUCGACUUUUAUGUGAAGAUUUAAAAAAUACCCACAGGAUUAGUUUGAAAGCCUCUUUUAAAUAGAUUUCCUCUGCUGUGACUUCAUUUGAGAAGGGAUAAUACAUGAUCGAAUAAACUCAGUUUUUAUGAUUAAUGUAAAAAGACUGUAAGGCUGCUCAGCAUUGAGCUUCCCAUAAAAGCACCUUCGGCGGCCUGCUGGGUUCUCUUUUGACGCACCUGCUAUUGUCUGGCAUUACACAGUUGUGUGGCAAGCAAGUCUGAGAUGACUGCAGUUUAGAAGUAUGAACCACAUAACAGUGGAAUAGUUGAAAGAUAAAGCACUUCUUCCGAACGGAAUUAAGACUUAGUAAAAAUUAAUCGUUUCAACCACUUAGUUACUGACUGCAAGUCUCUCUGCUGUAGCUCUGAAGCUUUGAACAGUUGCUGCAAAAUAUAUCUUUGAAAUUUCGCACUCCAAUCCAAAACUUCUUUGACCUAGUCUGAAAUACUGUAUUUGCACUGUGUGUAUUGUGGGCCUUUAUUGCUACUUUUGCUUUCCUUUGUUAUAAAGAUUUUGUGUUGCACUUUUUUCCUCAGAGGGAUUUUAUAGAGCCUUUUGUCCUAAAAUGGGAUAAUAUCAGUAGUAGUAUAUGCAACUUCUAAUGCAAGCCUUAUUCUGCAUAUCUUCUCUCUGAGAGGACUUACUGUGCGCAGAGUACAAAGCAGUUGUGGAAAGCUGUGCCUUUGUCUAGAUACUAUCUUGUUCAUUACUUGUUUUUUUCUCAAAAUGUUAGUGAGCUGUGUCUUGCUUCGAACAAAUUUUGAGACUACUUGUUUGGACUCUUAUAACCUGUUGCAAUAUAUAUUACCUGUCACACAUUCUAAUAUUGUUAAGUGUUUGGAAAAAUUAACCAUAAAAAUGGAUUUGCUGUUCACUUUUUAAUUAUUCAAGUACAUUGAUCAAACAAGCAGUUCAUCUUUAUUUAAAAAAGGAGAAAUACAGUAAUAUACUCAAACUUUAAAAUACCAGUGUAAAGGUGUAUGAAGGGUAUCCCUAAAAAAAAGAGGGGUAUCCCUGAAGACCGACUGAAAAUGAUUUUCUUUUCUAUUCUCACCUCUGACAUGAAUGUUUUCUUACUGUAAGCAAAUCAAUUAAUUUUCUCAAUUUAUUUUCCAUUUAAAUAAGAGCAAUUGGUAUCCACUCUUAGAGGUAUUGUGAGUUGGUAGACUUCAUAACUACGUGUGAUUCUCUUAAUAAAGGUCUCACUGUUAAAUUCA